CCUAUACUCUCGGCACCAAGCUCUAGUUAUAUCCCAGCAGCUUCAAAUUCUAAAGUUAAUCACAAAAGACCUAGAGAUCUUUCUAACAUAUCCCCACUUGCAGCAACUCUACACAAAGCCACCAAAGCUCUACCUAACAAUACUGCUACAUCUACAG